CGAGAUUUGAUCUCCAAUCUUUUACCACAAUGAAGGGCCAACUGGUAUCAAGCAAGGUCCUGAUACAAGUCAUGAUGCUGCUAUGUUCUGUAACUAGUUGUUUGAGAGUCGAAGCAGAAAAUGCCCAGAAGGGGAGAUGGGAGCUUCUUCUGGAGAAUGCCGGAGUGUGUGCAAUGCAUAUGGCGCUCACACAAGCCAACAAAGUGCUCAUAUUCGACCAGACCCUGGCCGGUCCGUCAAAGAUAAGGAGAACUGACCCGCCCUGUAAUAAUAACCGAAGCAAAUCGGCAAAAGAAGACUGCUGGGCGCACUCAGUGGAAUACGACAUUGCCACCAACAAGGUCAGGCCUCUGCAUUUAGUUACCGACACCUGGUGCUCAUCGGGCUCGUUUGUCAGUAAUGGCACGCUUGUCCAGACAGGCGGGUGGAACACUGGCAACCAGAUCACCCGCUACUUCACACCAUGCUCCAACAUGUCCUGCGACUGGAUCGAAUCCCGGACCCGGCUGUCCUCUCCACGUUGGUAUGCUUCCGAUCAGAUUCUCCCGGACAACCGGGUCAUCGUCGUGGGUGGCCGCAGAUCAACCAGUUAUGAAUUUGUGCCUAAGCGUCGACCCGAGGAGGGAGUCUUCCAGCUCCCGUUUCUGGUCCAGACAACCGAUGCCAAGGAGAACAAUUUGUAUCCCUUUCUCCAUCUCUCAUCUGACGGUAAUCUCUUUAUCUUUGCCAACAGGGAUUCCAUUCUCCUCGACUACACCCACAACCGGGUGGUCAGAACAUUUCCCAGAAUGCCAGGCGGUGGGGCACGGAACUACCCGUCCUCCGCUUCGUCGGUCAUGCUCCCGCUUGACUACUCUGAUAAAUUUCAGCGCGUGGAAGUCAUGAUCUGCGGAGGUGCUGCAGAAGGAGCCUACGAAAUGGCUCACCAGGACCAAACUUUUUUGCUAGCGUUGAACAGCUGUGGGAGAAUGGAGAUCACGUCACAGAACCCGUUCUGGCGAAUGGAGGAGAUGCCCGGGCCAAGGAUAAUGGGCGACAUGAUCAUCCUUCCGAACGGGGAGAUUCUGAUAAUAAACGGUGCCCAAAACGGGACUGCCGGGUUCGAACACGCUCGAGGACCGGUCACCAACGGUUGGCUCUACCGACCGGAGGCACCCGAGGGAAAAAGAUUCACGGUCCUUGCUGCUUCAACAAUUCCUCGAAUGUAUCAUUCUACUGCGAUUGUUCUUCCCGAUGGUCGGAUCCUGGUCGCCGGUAGCAACUCCAACUACGGCUACCAUUUCCAUGGUGUACCGUUCCCCACAGAACUCCGGGUGGAAGCAUACAUUCCUUAUUAUCUGCACCCACAUUAUGAUCGGAGAAGGCCCAAGAUUACUUUUUUAUCAGCCAGAGAGAUUCAGUACGGGGGUAGAUUCAUUGUCCGUUUUUCUCUUAUUCUGAGGCCCAGUCCCAAUGUUCUGUUCCAUGCCUACGCCCCUCCGUUCACAACACACACAGUGGCCAUGAAUCAGAGAAUGCUGUCGCUGGCUGCAACGAAAAUUGUGAAAGGUGCGAAGGGGUACGUGGUGGGUUUGACGGCGCCGCCAAGCCCAGUGGCGGCUCCUUCGGGUUAUUACUUGCUCACCGUCGUCAAUGCAGGCAUUCCCAGCGAGGCCGAGUGGAUUCGUUUCAUUAAUUAGCAACAAAAGCACUGGAAUUUUAGUCUCUCUGCUGCCACAGGGACUCUAGGAAAA